AUGGUGAUCAGCCUGGAGUUCUACGCCGAUGCCGUUAACGAACCGAAGGCGUUCGAAAAUUUCACUGCCAUUGAUGGACCGACUCUCUUGAAUGAAUCUGGUGUUGGGCCAUGGACAUAUCUCCCUACCGCUUUGAAUACCCCUGCUUACGCCGCCGAAGACAAACGACAGCAGUUUUGGACCGUCAGCUUCAAGGCGGAUCCGCGGGCCAUUAGCAUCGUCAAUCACACAGUCUUUGAUCAGGCACGCGCGACUCUACAGCAUGUCGCUGACCUGUCGAUCAGCUUCAGCUUCCAGCCCAUCUCCAAAGCAUGGAUCGAAGCCGCCAAGGCUCUGGGGGGUGAUGCCAUGGAUUUGGACCCCAACGAUGCUCCAUUCAUCGCCGGCCUCAUGUCCAGCACCUGGUCCAACGCCGCGGAUGACGCCGCGGUCCGCGACUUCUCCCGUAACGCAGCCAAUUCCAUCAGCCAGCAGACGGCAGCUCUGGGUCUAGGCCAUUCGUUCCUGUAUCUCAAUGAUGCAGGGGUUGGACAGACGCCAUUCCGCAGCUAUGGCAACGGAAGCAGUCUGCAACGCCUGCAAGCCAUCCAGCGGAAAUACGAUCGCGAUGGCGUGUUCCGCAACCUCCUGGCACAUGGAUUUCUCCUCCAAUGA